AUGAGCCUGACAGGUGACAGUUGUGAAAGGAUUAUCGUAUGUAAAAAUUUGAUAAACUUAAAUGGGCUGCUGUGUUUCCUGUCUUACAACACUGACCCCACUCCACAUUACAACACCGACCCCACUCCACGUUACACCACUGACCCCUCUCCCCAUUACACCACCGACCCCACUCCCCAUUACACCACCGACCCCACUCCACGUUACACCACCGACCCCACUCCCCAUUACACCACCAACCCCACUCCACAUUACACCGAACCCACUCCCCAUUACUCCACCGACCCCAAUCCAUAUUACACCGAACCCACUCCCCAUUACACCACCGACCCCACUCCCCAUUACACCGAACCCACUCCCCAUUACACCACCGACCCCACUCCCCAUUACACCGACCCCACUCCCCAUUACACCGACCCCACUCCCCAUUACACCGAACCCACUCCCCAUUACACCACCGACCCCACUCCCCAUUACACCGAACCCAAUCCCCAUUACACCGAACCCACUCCCCAUUACACCACCGACCCCACUCCCCAUUACACCGAACCCACUCCCCAUUACACCGAACCCAAUCCCCAUUACACCGACCCCACUCCCCAUUACACCAAACCCAAUCCCCAUUACACCGAACCCACUCCCCAUUACACCACCGACCCCACUCCCCAUUACACCACCGACCCCACUCCCCAUUACACCAAACCCAAUCCCCAUUACACCGAACCCACUCCCCAUUACACCACCGACCCCACUCCCCAUUACACCGACCCCACUCCCCAUUACACCGAACCCAAUCCCCAUUACACCACCGACCCCACUCCCCAUUACACCGAACCCAAUCCCCAUUACACCGAACCCACUCCCCAUUACACCACUGACCCCACUCCCCAUUACACCGAACCCAAUCCCCAUUACACCGAACCCACUCCCCAUUACACCACCGACCCCACUCCCCAUUACACCACCGACCCCACUCCCCAUUACACCGAACCCAAUCCCCAUUACACCGAACCCACUCCCCAUUACACCACCGACCCCACUCCCCAUUACACCACCGACCCCACUCCCCAUUACACCGAACCCACUCCCCAUUACACCGAACCCACUCCCCAUUACACCACCGACCCCACUCCCCAUUACACCGAACCCAAUCCCCAUUAUACCGAACCCACUCCCCAUUACACCACCGACCCCACUCCCCAUUACACCGACCCCACUCCCCAUUACACCGAACCCACUCCCCAUUACACCACCGACCCCACUCCCCAUUACACCGACCCCACUCCCCAUUACACCACCGACCCCACUCCCCAUUACACCGACCCCACUCCCCAUUACACCACCGACCCCACUCCCCAUUACACCGACCCCACUCCCCAUUACACCACCGACCCCACUCCCCAUUACACCGAACCCACUCCCCAUUACUCCACCGACCUCACUCCACGUUACACCGACCUCACUCCACAUUACACCGAACCCACUCCCCAUUACACCGAACCCACUCCCCAUUACACCACCGACCCCACUCCCCAUUACACCGACCCCACUCCCCAUUACACCGAACCCACUCCCCAUUACACCACCGACCCCACUCCCCAUUACACCGACCCCACUCCCCAUUACACCACCGACCCCACUCCCCAUUACACCGACCCCACUCCCCAUUACACCACCGACCCCACUCCCCAUUACACCGACCCCACUCCCCAUUACACCACCGACCCCACUCCCCAUUACACCGAACCCACUCCCCAUUACUCCACCGACCUCACUCCACGUUACACCGACCUCACUCCACAUUACACCGAACCCACUCCCCAUUACACCACCGACCUCACUCCACAUUACACCGACCUCACUCCACGUUACACCAGCGUGAAAGCAGUUUCCUGA